AUGGAGAGAAGAGAACAGCCUGGGAGCACCAGGAGUGACAAAGUUUUGAACUGCUUAUACCAAAAUCCUGAAGCUGUUUUUAAACUGAUCUGCUUUCCCUGGGCAGGAGGUGGCUCCCUUUAUUUUGCCAAGUGGGGUCAAAAGAUUCAUGAUUCACUGGAAGUGCACUCCGUGAGGCUUGCUGGAAGAGAAAGUCGAUUUGAAGAACCUUUUGCAAAGGACAUCUACCAGGUGGUUGAUGAAGUUGUUUGUGCUAUUCUGCCAGUUAUCCAGGAUAAACCAUUUGCACUUUUUGGCCACAGCAUGGGAUCCUACAUUGCCUUUAUGACCGCACUGCACUUGAAAGAGAAGUACCAGCUAGAACCAGUGCAUUUCUUUGUGUCAAGUACGUCUCCUCCCCAAACCCCGCCUUCCAUUCCCAAAGAUGGCGAACUGUCUGAAGAGCAAAUUGGCCAAUACCUGAUGACUUUUGGAGGCACUCCCAAGAAUUUUGUUGACAAUAAGGAAGUUUUGCAACAAUAUAUCCCCUUACUGAAGGCAGACAUUCACAUUAUAAGUACUUACAUCUUUGAUAAACCAUCCAAGCCUGUUCUUUCUUGUGACUUAACGUGUUUUAUUGGAUCCGAAGACAUAGUAAAGGAUAUGAAAGACUGGAAAGAUCUAACCAGUGGAAGUUUCAACAUUCUUGUGCUUCCAGGAGAUCACUUUUAUCUGAUGCAACCUGAUAAUGAGAAAUUCAUCAAAAACUAUAUAACCAAGUGUCUAGAAAUAGCAUCACUUGCUGAUUGUUAG